AUGGCAGCUUUGGGACCGGCAGCGGUGCUGGAGGCGCAUACGGCAGCAGCUACGGUCCCAACGGCGUCGGCGGCUAUGGUCCCGGUGGCGCCGGCUGCGGUCCCGGCGCAUACGGCCCUGGGAACGGUGCCGGCGGCGGCCUUGGGGGUGGGCUUGGGGGUGGCGCCGGCGAUGGGUUUGGCGGUGCUGGUGGUGCUUUUGGAGGUGGCCUUGGUGGCUUUGGAGGAGACGGUGGCUCCGGGAUUUACAAUGGAAGAUCCGCGGACGGCAGACAAGUGGUCAGCCAGCUCUACAUUCCUUUGGAGGGCCCAACCCUCCAGAAGAACCCUGCGACUGGCGAAUGGGAACCCGUCCAAUGAGCACGGCAAGGAUCUGGCACCUGAGUACCUAGACUUCAAGAGACAAGACUUCCAUGAGCCUUGCAAAGCCUCGAUGGCUCCUGCCCUGUGCUGGCACGGACUGCUGAACGGCAUCCGGACGAGCCUUAGGAAAAUUGCUUCUGCGCAUGACAAAAAGCUGCUCUUGCCGUGCUGGAACUUGGUGUAG